AUGGGUUUUAUAAUAUAUUUUAUUGUUCUUUUCGUAGUGCUUGGUGUUGUUCUAUUCUUACCAACUGUGUCUGCCGUUUUCUCAUAUCAACUGAACAAGACUGAUGGUGCUGUUGGAGGCAGGAACAGAAGAAACGAUACGAAGGAUAACAGCUAUUUGAAGAAUCUAGUUCAAGUAAGACUGAAUACUUCAGCAUAUAUUUCUGAGAAUAGUACAUUAGUUGGUCACACAGGUUUGAAGAGGCGGGUCAUCGGAAAAUAUAACAACGAUCCAUCUUUGUAUGACUACAAUAUAGAAGAGCUCAUCGCGGAAGACCUUGAAGAAGAGACACAAGCGGAACAAAGGCAUUUUACGAAAUAUAAAGGUAAGGAGCAAGAAAGGAAUGAGGAGUUGGUCUAA